CCACCCAGGAAGCGGGAAGUACUUCUGCUUGUGCUUCCAUUCCACCACAUCUCCCUCUCUCUCUCUGUCGGUCCUCGUCCGCCGCGCCUCCCUCCGUCCUCUGCUCCGCCGCUUUAAAACCACACCGCGCGGCUCCGCCCACUCCAUCCCAUCCCCGACUCCGUCGCCUGCCUCCCGUGCCUUGCCUUCUAGGGUUUCCCCCGUCGCCGCCUCCUCCCUCUCCCCAGAUUUGGAUCUAAGCCGCCGCCGCCGCCGACCCAGGUUGUCUUGAUGGCGCCCGCUGUGGAAGCCGUGAAGGAGACUGGCUCGUUCCAAAAGGUUCCUGCCUUGAACGAAAGGAUACUGUCAACCAUGUCCAGGAGAUCUGUUGCUGCCCACCCUUGGCAUGAUCUGGAGAUAGGUCCUGGCGCUCCAACCAUAUUCAACUGUGUCAUUGAGAUUCCCAGGGGCAGCAAGGUUAAGUAUGAACUUGACAAGAAAACUGGAUUGAUCAAGGUGGACCGUGUGCUGUAUUCAUCAGUUGUUUACCCUCACAACUAUGGAUUCAUUCCACGCACACUUUGUGAAGACAGUGAUCCUUUGGAUGUACUGGUUAUAAUGCAGGAGCCAGUUAUCCCAGGCUGUUUCCUACGUGCAAAGGCCAUCGGCGUUAUGCCCAUGAUUGAUCAAGGAGAGGCAGACGACAAGAUCAUUGCAGUGUGUGCUGAUGAUCCUGAGUACAAGCACUACAAUGAUAUCAAGGACCUCCCACCUCACCGCUUGGCUGAAAUCAGGCGCUUCUUUGAAGACUACAAGAAGAAUGAGAACAAGGAGGUUGCUGUGAACGACUUUCUGCCUGCAACUGAAGCUUAUGAAGUCAUACAGCACUCUAUGGAUCUGUAUGCUACCUACAUUGUUGAGGGCCUGAGGAGAUAGGCUGCUGGUGGCCGGGAAGGUGAAGGAUGUUGACGAAAAAUUGGGAGACCGUUUACCACAUGGAACGAGUAUUGUUAUUUUGUAUGUGUCGUGUAUACUACUAGUAGUGAACCCUAAAUCAAAAAACCGAAAUCCCCUGGGGAGUCGGUAGUAGCUGAAGCUAGUAACACAAGGUUGGCUAAAUAUUCUUUUCUGGCCUCAGUGCCAAUAUAUGUUUGACAUGUUGUACGUACUUCAUUGUCAUGGUAAUAUUCAUUCGCUUUUUAUGAUAUAGUGAUUGAAUGUGUU